CACGUGUACUGAGGAUGAGAGUCUCCCUGGUCCGAACCUUUCUAUCUGCCAUUGGGUUUUUUUUACCUUACUUGAUUAGAUUUGUAUUUUGUUGUUACUUUUGAAUUUUGAUAUGCAUAGCUUAAUUCACAAUCUCUCUCUCGCUCUCUUUUUUCCUUCAAAAAGAGGAGAGCAGGUGCACUUAUGUUGUGCAAUGGAAGAACUAAUGCCUUCAAUCGGCUCUUCUGUUCCUUCGCCGUCAUUACUUGCUGUAACCAUCUGUCAAUCAGAGUCAACGCUCCAGAAUGUUGCCAAGUUAUACCGGGAUGUGCCUAACACUCCUCAGACCAAGGAUUUUGAUAAUCCUUUUGAUUUCUAUGAGGAGACUCAACUUCUUUCUAAGUCACACAUGAUUUCAAUUUCUGAUGAUGGCAAAGUAUGUAAUUGGCUUCUGACUGCUAAAGAGAUAGUAGAAAGGGAUGUCGAGGUUAUCCCAUACACAGGAGAGGAUGCUGAUGGUAUAGCUUCCACUGACGGUAUCAACCUGGAAAGAAACAAGCAGCAGGAAAAUUUGAGCGGCAAUAAAGGUCGGUCAUCAUCUGUUGCCAGUGAGGAGAAUACAACAUUCAAGGCAAGGAAUCUCUUGCUCCCCUUUCUUAUUCUUAAAAUUUUGGAAUUUCAGCUUUUAUCUUAGAUCCUUACCUAAGUGCAUUUGAGAAUGGUCUUUCUUCGAAAUGUAAGCUUAAUGGUGAUUGCGUACUUAAUACAUAGUCUUUGCCACCCAUAUUGGCUUACUCAUUUCUUGCUUCUAAAAUCAUCUACAUUUUGAAGGUUCUUAAGUGUGUGUAUUAAUUGAGCAUAAUCAUUAUCUUCCUAAUAGGGGUUUCUUAUUUUGCUUGGACCUGUUAGCUAACGUUUCCAAGCUCGUAUGUAACUAGACUUUUGUAAGAAAGCUGUCAAAUUGUUAGGAUGAAGAGCCUUCAAAGAAAAUUAAUUGCAUCCAUCAGGGGAAGCUAAUUAGCAAUGGCUUAAGAUGCUUGCUUUUCUUAGGUGGUACAAACAGUGAAGGACUAGUUAAUGUAGCAUAUUUACAAUGAUAAGCACUGUUACUGUAGCACAUCUGUGAUGCUAAGUCCAUGAGGUCUUUAUUACUUGUCAAGAGUGUGAGAAGUAACAUGCUUAUUGUUUUUUUCUUGUAUUCACUUGUUAUUGUGGGGAAUGAACUAAAACCGUUUUGUUCUUUCUGGAUCAUUUACGCAAACUAACGAGACCAAUAACGGAUGCAGAUAUGCUUGGUUGGGCAGUUGCAGCUUCUUUCUUCUACAUUAACAAUGCUGGCGGUGCCAUCUCCUUCUCUAACAGCUACUUUAGCUCGUAAGUCUCAUCUUUCUGCUUUUAUUUGUUUCAUUUCCAGUAUUGAUUACUUUUUUGAGUUAGCAGUACCUUUAGUGCUGCUACUGCCAAUUGUUUAAUGAGGUGAUACCUAAAUUGGAAACAAAUUGGUUAAUGAGAUAAUAUCACGCAGGUGGGGGGAAUUAUCCUGCUGUAGCUAUCCCACUUGUUGCUUUAGGAACUCAGAGUGGAAUGAUUGAUAUUGUUGAUGUCUCUGCUAAUGCUGUUGCGGCUAGUUUUUCUGUUCACACAAGCGCAGUUCGUGGUCUGCGAUGGCUUGGAAACUCUAGAUUGGUUUCAUUUUCUUACAAUCAGGUGCAGAUCUAUCUAAUUUUUUGUCAUUACUUAAUCACGGCAUUGUAAACUUGAAUAUGUUCUAUCCUGCCAUUUCAACACUUUGUACAUGUUGGAGCCAGGCUAAUGAAAAAACUGGAGGUUAUGUC